AUGGCUGACAAAACCUCUCUAGGAUCCUCUGACGAGGACACCCUCCCGAUGAGGUUUGAUGAACCUGUGUUGGUCAUGGAUAAAACUCUUUCACAGGCCGAAAUGCUAGGCAUACUCCAGGAACAGGCCUUAGAACUAGGGAGGUUGAAGGCUGAAGUUAACGCUCUCGGUGACCAGGUCGCCAAACUGAACGCUCUUAUGUUGAACUCCCCAGUUCACUUGGCGGCAGACCGAGCGAUCAAAGUCUCCGAGCAGCAGAUGCGACUGCUUAUCUUCUGGGGUCAGUUCCCGAGCUCUUUAACCCCUCAGGAAAUGAUGCAGUUAAUCUUUAAACAUUUGGAUACUACAAUUUUCAAGCCCGGCAAAUGCUUGUGGCUUAUUCCGAAGAAAAGAAAAACUCCCUAUGGCCCCGUAGUAGAUAUGGGCUCCCCUUCUACAGCUCGUAAGGUCAUCACAUUUGCUCCUUUCCUGAAACGAUCCUGCAAGGGUCUUAGAUAG